AAGUCCGGGUUUCAAAGUUAAACCACACCUAUAUGAGGUGGGAUGCUGUGACAGCCAGCAGGCAGCUCGCGCGCCCUCAUGCUCCUCCUCACUGCUCGAUGGGUGUAAAAAGGGACCUGAGCCGGAAACCAAACUUCUCUCUUCUAACUUUUCGUUUUUCUGUGAGGCGAAAGAGGAAAACGACGCGACCUUUGGUGUCAGGUCCGCGGCUCUGUUCCUGAUCUGCUGCGUGGAAUGUGCAGGCGGUUUUCCGCAGGCUGCACACGCGUUUCCCCCGAGGAGCCAGCGGGCCGCUCCGCCGCCGUCUAACGGACCAUGGAUGAGGCAACGAAAGAGGAGCCUGCCCAGCCAAAAAAGCCAAAGUUCCUGAGCAAGGCUGGCUGGGUGAAGAAAUCUCACGGCCGACUGCUGGCGAGCUACAAGGACCGCUACGUCCAGGUGGAGAAGACGGAGAUGGUGGUGUAUGAGAACGAGGACCUGCAGAACUGCCUGGAGAGACUGGACCUGGAAAGCUAUGACAAGUGCCAUGAAUUAAAGAGUCCCUUCAAUAAAAAGCAUAGGCUGGUUCUGAUCCGAUCCCCAAAGUCUGGAAAUAAGAUCCAUGAUGUGAAGCUCCAGGCUCAGACUGCGGAGGAGAAGGAGGCCUGGAUCAAAGCCCUCAGCGAUUGCAUCAGUCGGGCAAAAAACAAAGUCUUUGAUGAGGUGAAGGUUGACGACAGCAGUAAUUUAGAACAUAUUACCCGAACGAGACCUCAGGGAAAUCGUAACCGACGCCCGCCAACCAGAAUCCACAUGAGAGAGGUAGCUGAUGUGUCCUCUGAUGGUAUCCUGCGUUUGGAUCUUGAUCUUGAGGAUGCAGUGAUGCCGAAUGGGACAAAUAAUGCUCAGACCGAUGGUACCUCUGAAACGACGGCAUAUCCAGCUGCCAGUGAUGGCGAGAAACAAUCAGUGUCGGUUGCAGAGGAGAAGAAGGUCAUCAAGCCUCCCAUGCCUCCUAGCAAGGAGGCUAAAUCCAGUCUUUUACCCAAGAAUGAGCCUGAUAAACAAGAAGAAACAGAGGCCCCGAAACCCCCGAUGCCGCCAUCGAAACAGUCCAAACCCUGCGUCACACCAGAGGAAGAAAUUUCAAAUGAUGAAGACACUUACGCUAAGAAAGGCACACCACCAACGCCUCCCAUCAAACCCAGCUCAGCGGGCUCAUUGGUUAACAUUACAGAAACCUCCCCAACUCCCCACCCCCCUACACCUCCAUCCAAGGACAAGAAGCCCUGCCAGCCGACACAGGGUGCAGAUGGUGAAAGGAAGAUGGAAGGAGACGGUGAGGUUGAACAGCCAAGACCAGCCGUGGACAACAAAGAGGUAGACCAGCUGGGAGACAGUGCCGGCGAAGGUGAACCCGAGCGCACAAUCAAGGGAGAGGAUUAUGAGUGUGACAUUAGAAAGACUAGUGAUAAUGAGGCAGAAAAACCAGAAGAGGCAGAGAGAGAGGAGCUGUGUGCUCAGCCUUAUGAUGGCUCAGACUCUACAGCUUCUGAUGAUUCAGCAACUUCCCCUCAAUUACUGCAGAGUUCUCCCCAAAUGAAUGUCGACCUAAAUGAGCCCUUCACUGAGACCCUCAGCCUGAGUCCUCUGCUCUGCCACUCGCUUGGAGGAAAGGAGAAGAAGACAGAAGAGAAAUCUGUAGACAGCGGUCAGCACUCAGAUGAUGGGAGUGAGGGCUCUGCUGGUGAGGAUACGCCGGAAGCUUCCAUAUCUGCAACCCUGGAGAGCCACGGUGGCCUAGAUGAGCUCACCGCAGCCGAAGAUAAAGGUCAAACCUCUGUUAACUUAAGACAGCCGGCCAAGCUUCAGCUUAGAGCAAACUUUCAUCCCAGCCGGCGCUCAGAGCCUUUACAGAAACCCCUCAAACCUUCUAACAAGGCCAAGUCUGCAUCGAUUGGAGAUCUGCUGUCCGAAUCCCUGGACUGCAAUCAGCAGAAAAACAGCAGCAAAGCUGAAGACGGGCGUUUAGCAGCCUCAAAAGAUUAUGUCACAGAGCUUGAGACCGAGGUGGCGCUGCAGAUGAAGAAGACCAAUGAGCUCCUGAAUCAGGCUCAGGAGAGCCACGUGGAGGUCAUGCCUGAGGACCUGCUGGCUAAAGCCUUGGAGAAGCUCCAGAACGCUGACCGCGUCCUCAGAGAGGUCAAGAAACUGAAAGUGGCCAAGGAGAAAAGGAUGAGCUGGUAAAACCAGUCUGACCUAGUCAACUGGGAAUCGCCUGCUUGGACAGUCAUUCUUCAGUCAUUUGAUAUAAACCCACCCAGGUACAGAACAGACCUACCUUUCAGAUGGUGACGUUUGCCCCGUUUCCACCAGCCCUCUGAAACCGAUCCAUGCCAAGUUCGGACCGAGCUCGAAUCAGUUAACAUGCUUAGCUUGGUUCUUACGACCAUUUAUGCAUCCCGCUAGCACGGUUCCUCGCCUCCUAUCGGCGGUCCACGAUACUACAGAUCUCAAAGAAUUAUGCUAACAAACAUGUUGGCUCACGUAAUAUUCAGGAAGUUAUGUUAUAUUAGUGAUAUUUCCUCAUUUGCGGAAUUUCAGGCGAAGAAGGCAUCCUU